AUGUCAGAGGCUGAUGAAAGUCAAGUUGUCGUUGGACAACAAGAAAAUGAUUCUCAUUCCAUUAUCUCCACUCCGUCUAACAAGGCUGAGGGUGACGAAUUAAAGGAUUACAACAGUGAUGGUGCUGAAGAGCAUUUACCAGAAAUGCCAGUGAAACCUGCUUCUGCAUAUGUUACCAUUUCUAUUAUGUGUGUUAUGGUUGCCUUCGGUGGUUUCGUGUUCGGUUGGGAUACCGGUACCAUUUCUGGUUUCAUUAACCAAACAGAUUUCAUCAGAAGAUUGGGUCAAGUCAACCACAGUGGUGAACACUAUCUAUCUACUGUCAGAACUGGUUUAAUUGUCUCUAUUCUUAACAUUGGUUGUGCUAUCGGUGGUAUCAUCUUAUCUAAAGCCGGUGAUAUGUACGGUCGUAGAAUGGGUUUGAUUAUUGUCGUUGUUAUUUACAUUGUUGGUAUUGUUAUUCAAAUUGCUACUAUCAACAAGUGGUUCCAAUACUUCAUUGGUAGAAUUAUCUCCGGUCUGGGUAUUGGUGGUAUUGCUGUUUUAUCCCCAAUGUUAAUCGCUGAAGUCUCUCCAAAGCAUUUAAGAGGUAGUUUAGUCGCUUGUUUCCAAUUGAUGAUUACCUUAGGUAUUUUCUUAGGUUACUGUACUAACUAUGGUACCAAGAACUACUCUAACUCAGUCCAAUGGAGAGUUCCAUUAGGUUUAUGUUUCGCCUGGGCCUUGUUCAUGAUCGGUGGUAUGACUUUUGUUCCAGAGUCUCCACGUUAUUUAUGUGAAAAAGGUAGAGUUGAAGAAGCCAAGCGUUCUGUUGCCAUUUCUAACAAGGUCUCUGUUGAUGAUCCAUCUGUUCUUGCCGAAAUCGAGUUGAUUCAAGCUGGUAUUGAAGCUGAAAGAGAAGCUGGUACUGCCUCCUGGGGUGAAUUAUUCUCUGUUAAAGAAAAGGUUUUCCAAAGAUUAAUUAUGGGUUGUAUGAUUCAAUCUCUACAGCAAUUGACUGGUGAUAACUACUUCUUCUACUAUGGUACUACUAUUUUCAAGGCUGUUGGUUUGAAGGAUUCUUUCGAAACUUCUAUUGUCAUUGGUAUUGUUAACUUUGCUUCUACUUUCGUUGGUAUUUACUUAGUUGGUAGAUAUGGUAGAAGAACUUGUUUGUUAUGGGGUGCUGCCACCAUGACUGCUUGUAUGGUUAUUUACGCUUCUGUUGGUGUCACUAGAUUAUACCCAGAUGGUAGUAAGAAUACCUCUGUUUCCUCCAAGGGUGCUGGUAACUGUAUGAUUUGUUUCACUUGUUUCUACAUUUUCUGUUUCGCUACCACUUGGGCUCCAAUUCCAUAUAUCGUCAACUCCGAAACUUUCCCAUUAAGAGUUAAGUCUAAGUGUAUGGCUAUUGCUCAAGGUUGCAACUGGAUUUGGGGUUUCUUAAUUGGUUUCUUCACUCCAUUUAUUACCAAGGCUAUCAACUUCUAUUACGGUUACGUGUUCAUGGGUUGUUUAUGUUUCUCUUUCUUCUACGUUUUCUUCUUCAUUCCAGAAACCAAGGGUUUAACUUUAGAAGAAGUUAAUAUUAUGUGGUUAGAAGGUACUUUACCAUGGAAAUCUACCAGUUGGGUUCCACCAUCUAAGAGAGGUGCUGAUUACGAUGUCAAUGCCUUAGCUAAUGAUGACAAGCCAGUCUACAAGAGAAUGUUUGGUAGAAACUAG